ACCUUUGAUACCACAGCCUGUCGUUUGCCCUAACAGGUUGAAUCGUCUUCGCGCUGAUAUGUCUGCCGCAGAACAGGGCUCCGGCCCAGACGUUGACUUUGUGACAUACUUUGGUCAUAGACUUUUAGCUAAGCGCGAUGGGAAGGCAACGGAGGUGCCGGUCUCGGAGCUCGACGGCAAGUACGUUGGCAUUUACUUCAGCGCGCACUGGUGCCCCCCCUGCCGCGCCUUCACGCCGCUGCUGCGCAAGACCUACCUCAUGCUGACGGCGCUGGGCAAGCCCUUCGAGGUCGUGUUCGUGUCCAGCGACCAGUCGCAGCAGGAGUUCGACAACUACUACGAGGAGAUGCCCUGGAUGUCCAUACCCUACGGCGAGAGCAGCCAUCGCCAGGGCCUGGCGCGGCGCUUCAGCGUCAUGGGCAUCCCCACGCUGGUCAUCCUCAGCCCCGAGGGCCACGUGCUCAACACCAACGCCCGCGCCGCCUUGAUACGCGACCCCGAGGCCGCGCGCUUCCCCUGGGAGGGCGAGGAGGAAAGGUACUGGUGCUGCUCGCUCCAGUAGAGAGAUUUGGGUGGCAAGCCUACAGCCUGCUGCCCAUAUUCCUGCUGGUGGUGGUGGCGUGGUUCGUGGCGCAGUUCCUGUUCGGGAACAAGGGGUAGCAGCGACGCAUGCGUUGGUUGGUUGGUUGGUUAGGUGCUGGUGGUACCGGUAGUGCUAGCUGGCUGCUGCUGCUGGUGGUGGGCUGAUGGCGCCGUGGGCGCCGCCGUGGGAGUGGGUGGUUGUGACUCGGGACCUACUGAUGGCGUGAGGGCGAGAGAACCGGCGGCACAGCCCCAGGGCCCCCGGGGUGAGGACUGCAGAGAUGGUGUGGCGCAUGGGCGUGUGCCGCCUUGGACGUGUCAUGAGCCUUGUUGGGCCUUGUCCUGUAUGUGGUUUGCUUGGGAGCAGCAGGGGGGGAUGCCUGGUUGACUGCCGGCUUUCUGUCAUGAUUCGAGGACUUCAAGGUUUGACUUGUAGCAGACGAGAGUGAGUAACGGACGAAUGGGUUAGAUUGAUGCGGUACUGAUGCAGUAGCUAAAGAGAGAAUUAGUGAGGAUGCGCGCUGGUGUACUAUUAGUGAUGAUAAUGGUGGACUAAGUAAUCAAGUGAAGCCGGAAGCGUGGCCGUCAUUGCGGCUCGCAGCGGCCACAGGUGGGGCGCUGGGGGGCGCCAAGGAUGGGCGGAGGAAGGUGCGGAACUGCUGCGCGGGAGGGAGGGGGGCUGGGCGGCCGGACCGGGCAUUGAGGAGCCGUAGAGCCGUAGAUAACACUGCUGCGUGUCACUGUAACGGUGCCGGUUGAGCAUGUGCCGCGCGCCUGUGCGGCGCCCGAACACGGACAGGCGUCGAUUGAGCCCCUGAACACACGAGGGUGGAGGGUUUGCGGCGGGCGUAGGGAGCGAGGAGGAGAAUGGAGGCGCUGGCGUCGGUGACAGCCUUGACGUGUGCUAAAAGAUUGCGUAAAGUAUAUUAUGUG